CUUCCAGUCAUCUAUACAGGUUCGCCUAGUGAUGAGGUGACCUGCAAGCGGUAGGAUGAUGGUUUUAGAAUCCCCGUUGCGGUUAUACACGGGCGCGGGCAUAUUUCCGCCGCAUUCCAUUUUCCCGGCUCACAGAUUUUCUUUGGGGCACUUUUCACCCGCCGCCUCCGGCUUCCUCACAGCGCCUCCGGGUCCGCCGCCGCACGUCAGGUUCCGCCCCCAGGAGCCCCACAGGAGGUUGCCCCGUCGCCCCCAAUCCCCUCAGCAUCUUUCAAAAGGUUCAGAUGUUGAACUCUCCGGAAGCCAAGAAGAUUUGUCGAGUAAAAGAAGGCGGUCAAGAACCAACUUUAACUCGUGGCAGUUAGAGGAACUCGAGCGGGCUUUUUUGGCCAGCCACUACCCCGACGUCUUCAUGAGGGAGGCGCUCGCCCUCAGGCUCGACCUCAAGGAAUCCAGGGUCGCCGUCUGGUUUCAAAACCGAAGGGCGAAGUGGAGGAAGAAGGAGCACACGAAAAAAGGCCCGGGGAGGCCGGCACACAACGCCCAUCCUGUCACAUGUUCCGGUGAGCCCAUUCCCGAGGAGGAACUCCGGAGGAAAGAACGCGAGAGGCGGCAGAAGAAACUUCUGAAAAGCCUCGAGAGACAACAGAGGAAACUCGCGGCCAAAGGGGUCACAGUCGACCUCGAGACCCUAAAACGGGAGUGGGAAGCCCAACACUCUCAAGACAAAUCUGGAGGCAUGGGAAGCAGCAGGGACAUGAGUAUUCAGGAUACAUCCUCGUGCUGUUCGGUGGCCAGCUCCGCUGGUACUCGGGACGUGGAGAUCGACGUGGUCGGUGACUGCGGAAGCGGCAGCCCCUCGCCACCCCCAUGCCACACCCUGGGGCAGACCUCGUCCGCGGGAGAGCCCCCUAGACCCACCCUCGACCUAUCCAGGAGGUCCAAUCCGUUCAGUAUAGAGUCCCUCCUGGCGAGAGGCGCGCUCUGAACGGGCCGGGCACCGCCGAAAGCUUCCGCCACCAAGCUCCAAAGUGGCUCCUACCUAAAGCUUUGUUUUUCUCCUUUCUCCCGAGUGUUCGAUUCACUAUAAACUGUCAGCCUCGCCAAGCGCCGCCUGGGGAUGUAUUGGUCAUCAAAUAGUUUCUCCGAUCUUACUAGUCAAUUUUAUUAUUUAUUUCUCCGCGGCGUAAGACCGCUUAGAGAAUAAAUCGUGAAGGAGUGCUCCCGUCAUUUUUUAAUAAAUAUUUUCGAGAUUGAUGUCGUCUUUUCUUUUCUUUUUCGAAACGACUCAAAGACAAAUAAA